UCGUGUUCUUGGUAUCAUGGGCUGUUAGGUUGAAGAGAUCAUUGUAUGCAGCUAUAUUCAAUCGAUUGGGACUUGUGUUUGUUGCUAUUGUGGGAUCUUUGUUACUUGAUGAAAAGCUGCAUUUAGGAAGGAGAAGUUUUUUAAGUGUUAUUCGUCGAGCAAUUGAUCGAACCCUUAACAAUGAAAGGGAAUAUGCAGCCAGCCAUAUUCAAUCGAUUUGGAUUUCUGCUUGUUACUCAGAUGAAAAUCUGGGAAGAUUCAUGUUUGCCACCGCUGUCAUGGUUCCGCUUGCUCUUCUUUUUGAAAGGAAGAGCUUGAAAAAAUUUAAUAGAAAAGUACUGCUUCAAGCGUUUCUUUGUGGAUUAUUUGGAGGAUCAUUGGUUCAAAACUUGUACCUGCAAAGCUUGGUGCAUACAUCUGCAACAUUUGUUGCAGCCAUCGUCAACCUUGCUCCAGCCUUUACUUUUAUUUUGGCCAUUUGUUUCAAGAUGGAGAAACUAGCAAUAAAAACAAGUGCCGGGAAAGCCAAAGUGUGUAGCACUUUAAUAGGAAUAGGUGGAGCGAUGAUAUUUAUAUUUUAUAAAGGUAUAGACGUAAACAUCUGGUCAACAGAUGUAAAUAUUUUAAAGCAUCAUCAUCAACAAGUACCUUCAUAUCAUGGCACCGGUCAAUUUAUUAUCGGUGCUUUUUUGGGUCUUUUGAGCUGCGUUUCUUUCUGUUUGUGGUUGAUCAUUCAGGCUAAAAUGAGUAUGGGGUUCCCUUACUUGUAUUCAAGCACUGCUUUGAUGUGUUUGAUGGGAUCAAUACAAGGAGCUUUGUAUGCUGUUUGUACUGUGAGGGAUUGGAAUCAAUGGAAACUUGGAUGGAACGUUAGGCUUCUAGCUGUUGCUUAUGUGGGAACCAUGGGAUCUGCUCUGUUCGUGUUCUUGAUAUCAUGGGCUGUUCGGUUGAAGGGACCAUUGUAUGCAGCUACAUUCAAUCCAUUGGGGCUUGUGCUUGUUGCUGUUGUGGGAUCUUUAUUACUUGAUGAAAAGCUGCAUUUAGGAAGCAUCAUAGGGGGAUUAAUGAUAAUAUGUGGGGUAUAUAUGGUGCUAUGGGGCAGAGCCAAAGAGAUGAAGCAACAAACACAGGAGUCAAAUGAAACAGUAGAAGAUGAACAAGAGCAUGAAGGAACCGAAACUCCUGUAAUAAUUUUAGAUUAAAAUUUUGUUGAUGAAGGAAAUGAAAUUACAUGUUGUUUUUAUCCA